UGAAUGAAUUGGUGGUUGUUUCGAAAUUCCCCCGCUGUUUUGCACUUCCUCACCUACCCUUCAGCAUUCGACACCUCACACGAUACCCUCUACAGCGCGCAUCAUGCCUCAAGAACUACUGCAGCCUGAUCAGUUUUUAGAACGGUUAGAAACCACCUUUUCAGACCCAUCUUCGUCAGGAGCCAUAUGGCUCAAUCAUAAACGAUAUGAUCGCGAGGAUGCGAACGAAGACGACGUGACGAUGGAGGAUGGCGAGGAUGGACCAGAGUUUCAAGUAUUGAUACGGUGUACAACGGGUUCAGGCUCAAAGUUCUCGUCAAGAAUACCAGCUACUCGUCUACCAGAAUUUCACGCUCGAUACGGCUCUCUCCUCAAAGCAUCUAUGGCUCCACAUAUGCGGAAACGAGAUCGUAAACGUGAGAAGAUAAGAGCAGAAGCAGCAGCGAAGAAGAAGAGGGAUGCGUACGUGGAUGUUGAGAUUAGCGCAGCUGGAAAGAGAGGUAAAGGUCGGAGACAAAGGAUGCGCAAAGUCGCUGCCCAAAGGAAGAAAGAAGCUGAGAGAGAGAAGAUUGAAUUGAGGGAAAGCGGACAGACCAAGACGGCUGCAUGAGCUCAGGGAAAGAAAGCUCAACCAAGCUAGUGCCAGUGAAGCACGCACGCCAUGCAGAUGUUCA